CGCCAAGCGUACAUUUGAGUGCGCAGAAUGCUGGCUUGGUGUCACUGUGUUACUUUGCUGGCAGUCUUGUCGCGUCUUUCGGUAGCUGGUACGUCUGAUGAUCUAACGAGUAGUGAUUGUUUGUCUGGUUACAGCAACACGAAAUGCAAAGAUCUGCUUCCUGGACAGUAUUCAUGUAAGGAACCAGAAAUAUCACUGGAAACUCAGAGUUCUGUCGGCUGCAAUCAGAGUGACCACACAGUAUCUGCUGCUUGCUAUCCUGUUAACGGCACAGAGUGUAACCAAUGUCGUUUCAAUGGAACAGAGAUUGGAUUCUACAGUGCACCUGAGCAUUGUUUUUAUGUUACCGGAAAAUACGAUUUCAAUGUUGCACUUUGUCUCUCUGUUUUCUUGGGCUUCCUAGGAGUUGAUCGAUUCUACCUUGGCUAUGCAGCUAUAGGUCUUCUCAAACUUUCUACAUUUGGUUUCUUCCUACUCGGCUCAUUGAUUGAUAUCGUACUAAUAGCCUCUCAGGUUGUUGGUCCUGCAGAUGGCUCGGAUUAUUACAUACCAUACUAUGGACCACGACUAAUUCACUUGACAGAAAAUAAAGACACAUACUACAAACCAGUUGACUAAUGCUCUGAUUUCUUAGAUGAUUUCCUAUGUGUAUAAAGGCGAGUGUGUUGGGUGGAAAGCUAGUUCAAUAAAUACCAGUGUAUAUGAA